AUGGCCGGCACUCUUCCUCCUCUCUUUGAGAUUACCGCCGACGAUCAUGGAGGUUAUGGCGCCGUGGCCAUCUAUACCUUGCUGGCAUUGACUGUUGUCAUUGUGUCCACUCGUUUAUCCACUCGGUGGUUCAUCGGUCGCGUCAUUCAUCCCGAUGAUAUUCUGCUGGCCAUUUCACUGAGUAUAUUGGCUCAAUUAGCCAUCUCGCACGGCCUUGGUCGCAGAUUUUCCAAUCUGGAGGCCGCGCAACUGGAAAAGUAUCUCAAGUAUGAAUAUGCCGCUCAAAUAUUACUCGUCUUCACGAUUGCUUUUAGCAAGCUUUCGCUCGGUCUACUAUUCAAAAACCUCAUGACUUCGCGUCGGUCAUCCAUUGCCAACAAGUCUUUGAUGGCUGUGAUUGUAGCCUGGACGAUAGGCUCAGUCCUCGCGCUUUCUUUCCGUUGCUCUAUGCCGACGCCGUGGAGAUGGGAUCAGCCAGAGUCUUGCGGUAAUCAGACGGCGCUGUUUACGGUGAUCGGAGUUUUCAACAUCUUAACGGAUAUUGUGCUCGUCGUGCUGCCGUGUCUCCUACUUCGCAAUGUUCAAUUGACACAGUUAAAGCGAUUCCGAAUCAUGUCUUUACUUGCAAGCAGAUUACUUGUCUGUGUCGCGACUGGCUUGCAAAUCAAAUAUACAGUGAAGAUGCUGGAAUCCCCCGACAAGCCCUGGGAAAACACCAACUCUACAAUUUGGGACCAAGCCAUGAUGAACCUCAGCAUCAUAACAACAGCCCUUCCCUCCCUCGGCCGCCUCGUCAUCGAACUUCAGCCCGGUGUCCACGCAUACACCAUCAACAACGACCCUUCUGAUCCCACCCACGUUCGUACUGGGUAUAACUUCUCUUCGAUGGGCAAGUCGACGGAGACCGGCAUGAAGCCCGGUACCUCGGUGCAAGUGACCAGUGGUUGGCGAGAAUCGAUUGAGGAUGACGGCGAGAGCACGGAAGGCUUGGUUCCUGGCUCUGACCAAUUGAACGUGAUUCAGCAGACUAUUCACUUUGAGGUCCAUUCCACGAAAAGCGAAGCAUGA